UCGUCUUUUACAUCGUUUUCUUUUCCUGCGUACAGGAUAUUCUAUACGACAAAUAUAUACGUGUACAUACCUACGUCGUGAGCCAUGUAUUAUAUGUAUGCAGUGCAAAACGUAACCCCACAUACCCACCUAUAUGUAUUAUGUACCAAAUUUUCACCUACAGCUCUGCCCUCUGGUGUUCAAUUUUCAACAAUAUUUAUUCACUAUUUACAGCUUUUCCCGUACUCCGCGCACACACAUGCAAACGCAUAACCGCAUCUCUUUCCUAUUAUUCUAUAUUUUCCAUUAUCUGCCAUACGUGUCGGUAUAUUUGGACGGUAUGUUUGUCUCCCGAAUUCUGACCGCGAACCACGUCACAGAUGACGAAUCUUACGUAUUAACCCUUGAUUCUUGUUCCCGCUAUUUUAUCAAUCAAAAGAGAAGACAAAAACAAACAGCUGUAGAAUAAUGCAUCGUGUGUCGAAAAUGCAAAAUCUAUUGCUCGUUGGCCAAGUCAACGAUAUUAUGAUAUUGUUGCCAUUGACCGCGUGCGAUACGGCUUACAUAUUUUAAGGCAUAUCACACACAUUCCCGGGUUCAUGCGUAUAGCGUUGUAAUUCAAAAAACUAAACUGGAACGUCUGAAGUCCUCCUUCGCCGUACAAGUUCCGUUUAGUUUCUCUUACAUGUUAAUAAUUACUUUUUGUAACAUAAUAUUUGCUACCUUUUACCCGGCGGGAGUACGCCAAAGUUUAUGUUUGGGAGAGAUUAGGCAGAGGACGAUCAGUAGGUUGUAGGUAACAGGCAGUUAGUAGUAGGUUGUAGGUACUAGGUAGAAGGUAGAAGGUGGUAGGUUGCCUCCACCUCGUAGGUUGCGUAGAGAGGCGAGCGAGUCGUCGUAGUCAGCGGGGCGUGUAGGUAUAAGGUAUACUCCACUGCUAGGUCGUUGGUUGGUUGUGUUGGUUGGCGAAGGUUGAGGAGAGGUACGCGACGAAGGUUCGGCUUGUGCUCGGAGACGCGGCUGUUGGCUGGCCAGCUCGCAGAUGCAGAUUGAUUAAAUCAGAAGUGGCCACAUGGAAGGCGCUUUAGAAGAGUCUGCGGUCAAGGACCUACCUCGGGACGAUCCUGAUGCUAAGACUGUCAAAGACACUAUCAUUACAAACGGUUUAAAUGGUAACUGCGAACCUGAUGAAACUGUCGAGGAGCACAAUGACUCCAACGACGAGUGCGAACCCAUAUCCAAGAAUGUUAUGGACAAUGAGGCGACCGACGAUGUGGUGGAAGAAACACCGCAGGAGGACCCAAGGGAUGAGGUAGAACCGAUGGAAACUGAAGCUGAUGCUGGCAUUGACGAAGCUAAAGAAAAAGAACAGGAUCAGGCUGAAGAGUUUCUGGAAACGAAAACCCAGAAGGAACAGCCUAAUGAAAAAGAUUCCAAGGAAAGCAGCGACGUUGUUAGGAUAAUGGAAACUGAGAGUGGGGACAAUGUCGACAAUUCACUGGAUGACACUGAAAAUGUUGCAGAUCAUAUAAGUGAGAUGGACGAUAUUAGUGAAGUGUCUGAAUCUGAGGAUAAGUGCGACGGAGUUGAAAGCGAACAUCGGAUGGAAAUUGAUGAUGAUCACAAUAAUACCUCGGACGUAGAAUGCCUGGACGAGUCUGUGACUGAGAUAUACGCCGAUUGUAAGGAUGUAUCGAGAGUAAAAAAGGCUGAUGGUGAUGACGUCAAAGAGUCGUCCGGGGAUCAGAAAAUGGCCGACGAUAACGGCGGUAAAGUGGAUGGCAGCUUGGGUACUUCAGAUAUUGCUACAUGCGAAGAAAAUGGGAGCUGUAGUAGCCCGGAUAUUGAGGAGAUAACGGAAACAAAAAGCAAUGGUUGUAACUCGCCACCAUCGAAUGAUAAGCAGUUGAAAGAUAACAAUGGCACUACCAAAGGUAAAAAGGUGAGAAAAUCUUUGGACUUGAGUAAUAUCACACCAAGGCGGAGUUCAAGGAAUAUCAAGAGGACCAGUUAUAUUGAGAAAGAGCUUGAGGAGGAGGAUGUUGAUGAUGACGGCUCCGACAUCGAGGAAAUUAAACCGGAGGAUCCCCUCGCUGGUAUAGACAGUAAAGAUAAAGAGAAUUCUAAGGUUAAAUCACCAAUUAAAAAUAAUAAUAAGACUACCAUCGUUGUUAACGAUACUAAGAGGUUAGCAGAAAUAGCGGCUGGUAGCAAAGUGUCUAAGGGAGGCAAAAAGGAACCCACUUUAGUCAUUAUCGAUACAAAUUCAAUACUUUCUGGGAGAGGCGGUGUACCCGUUGGCACAAAGUCUCAUCAUCAUCAUCAUCAUCAUCAUCACCAUUCGGCCACCACCUCCUCCGCCAGUUCCUUUUCUGUCAUGCCUAUGGGUGUCCCGACACAGGCCAUGUAUCCCAAUAUGAGGGCAACCAUCACCCCUGUGCCAAUGACACCAAAAAAUGUACAGUGCAGUCCAAAACCCACCAGCUGUACAAAUGCUACAGCGACACCGAUCCCACAGAUCUUACCGACGCUUACCGACGACAUGUUUGUUGUUGAAGCACCGUCCUUCAUUGUACCUUACGUGUAUGAGAAGCCGCCUAUUAAACCUCUCAAAGAUUUUGUUACCAAGUUGGAGAAGAGUAUCGAGGAGAGGGAGAAAGAGGAUAAGCUUCGAAAGCUCGAGGAGGAGAAAAAACGCGAAGAAAUUAAGGACAAGGAAAAGGAGGAGAAAGAUAAGGAGGAGGAUGAGGAAGAAAAAGAAGUUGAGAACAAGGAAGAUGACAAAAAUGUAAUUAGUGAAAACGAAGGUGAUAUGAAGUGCAAGAAAGAUGGAACCUUGGAAGAAUCAGCUGAUUCACCCGACAAAAGAACAAUAACGUUAGACGAUAAACCUGAUGAAAAAAUAAAUAAAAUACCAACGUAUUUUGACUUACCUUUGGGUAAAUUUUUUAUGCAAAUCGGAGUUAAUCUCGUACAAGAAUUCGUGCAGACGGAUCUGUUGCGAACUCAAAAACGUAAACGGGGAAAGGGUAGUACAUCAACUGAGACUCAGAUAGCUAUAAAUUCGCUAAUCAAGAAUCUAGAAUUUAGUAAGGAAAAUAACGAGCCAUUCCAUUUAGAAAUGAAGAAGUGCGAGUUCUGUAAUUUUAAAACAGAGUCAGCCCUUGUUAUGCAGCAUCACCUUGAGACGCCUCAUAUGCGGAAUUACGUUUACAAAUGUAACUUUUGCCCCCUUGAAGUACGCAGUCCCCACGACAUUCUAUUUCACAUGGAAGCUGAGCACAAUACGAGAGGUAGACUUGAACGUGGUCCAGCUUUUCACCAAUGUCCGAAUUGUCCGUUUGAGGAUAACCAAAAGGGUAAACUAACCAGGCAUAUUCUUGCCUGUAACAAGAAAUUCAGACCUGAACGAAACCUGGAACCUGCCACUGACUGGGAACCCCCAGCUAAAAUACCUCGAAUGAACAGAGCUCGACCUGUCGGCACUUCCGGUUCGAACGCUCUUGCAAUGGCGAUGAGUGCCAAGGGCCAGACUCCCCUUCUACCCAAACUCCUUCCUGCGCCAAUCACUGGUCGAGGAAGAGGGCGACCUCCUAUGCAGCCGCGAUAUCCAGAUUUGAAACUGAGGCCAGGGAGUACGCCCAUUAGACAAGAUAAUGUUGCAGGGAUGAUGUAUCGCCCAACAUCUUCCGGACUUUUACUACCAACAUCCUAUCAGUUUGGAAAUAAUCAAUUGUUCCAGGUAAUGGGUGGCUCUGGGACUGCAGCGUCCGCUGUGGGGGUGCUUGGCAGUGAGGGCAGCAGUUCUGGCCGGCCCACACCCAUCGCCCUUGUACCCAACAUAGCCACUCCUCAGUCUAGGUUGCUCUCUUUACAGAACACAUCAAGUAGUUCAAAAAGUCCUGCAGCCAAACUUCUAAGUCAACCGAGUAUAUCGAUAACACCACUGCCUCGUUCCUCGAACCAAACGCCAAGUCUUGGUUCGGGCACUUCGACCAAAUCUGGUGGAAAAAAUACAUUUGUUAUAUGCGAAAUAUGUGAUGGAUAUAUCAAGGACUUGGAGCAGCUCAGAAAUCACAUGCAGUGGAUUCACAAGGUGAAAAUACAUCCAAAAAUGAUUUACAACAGACCACCAUUGAACUGCCAAAAGUGUCAAUUUCGGUUCUUCACGGAUCAGGGAUUAGAAAGACAUUUGCUCGGAUCCCACGGACUUGUAACAUCCAGUAUGCAGGAAGCAGCAAACAAGGGCAAAGAUGCUGGACGUUGCCCAGCUUGUGGCAGGGUUUAUCAAUGGAAGUUGCUAAAUCAUGUAGCUCGAGAUCAUGGGAUGACGUUAAAACCUGCGCAUCUGUCUUAUAAAUGCACAGUGUGUACAGCGACAUUUGGAAUGUAUAAGCAGUUCGAGAACCACGUUUAUUCAGCACACAGUGUCGUUGCAAAAAGAGUGAUGGAUAAGAAAAAUACUCCAUCGUCACCGUCGUCUAGGUCGAACGAUUCUCUUCUAAAACCAUUGAAAAUUAACGACGAAAUCACUAUUAUUCCACAACCAGCAAAGCCGACGACCAGGUCCGGCGCUGCUCAAACUAGAGGCAAAUAACAAUGAUCAGUGGAGUGAUAUAUGCAUCUCAUUUUAUCAGAUUUCACCUAAUAUAACAUUUGUGGAACUCCAUGUAUAACGAUCAUUACUGUAGUACACAAUUGAGGGAAAGGCAGAGGAUCACCACCGUUCCCGUGUAUACGUGCGUAUAAUGCAUCAUUACAUGCUUUAUGAAGAUACACAGAAAUUAUUAUGACACUUGAUGAAAUCUACAACCAUUCUUUCGGCGAAAUAAUACCCAGUUGACUGCGUAAUAAUAUUCCAACAAUAAUUAUACCGAAAUAUUUAUUUAAGAAUUUUCAUUGUUGUUAUCGGACAUGCAUCAAAUAGACUGUAAAAAAAAAAGAAAAAAAAAAGGAAAAAGUUAACAUUAAAGGGUGGCCUUCACUAUAAAAUUCCUUGGUUAAUCCUGGAGACGUCUAUUCCCAAUGUGCGCAUCUGUUAUAUUUAUAAUUACCUAUGAAUCGAUUUUAAAACAUAGUUAAAUAAAACUGAGAAAACGAAGAACAAUGCAAGACAUUCUCUCAAGAAGGAAUAUAUCUUCAAGAAAUAAAAUAAAUAAAAAUAAAUCAGUGUCAAUGAUUUAUCAGAGAAGAAGUCUAAAUAUACUCAAAGUAACGGAGUCGUGUCGUUAAAAAAAAAAAGUGGUAAACAUCUCAGUUGUAAUCUUGGAAGUAUAGUCCCACGUUGAUUACUUUACCUUUGAAAGAAUCGUCGGUGCAUGAAAUAUGUUCUGCGUAUGAAAAAUCGUUUAGGUAUAAGACAGUCAGUCGGUUGUGUCUCGACCAACGUUAAGACAAACGUGUUUCAACAUACGUAGGGCGCUGCUAUUGCUGCAAAUGAUUGAGUUACGGUAACUCUAAUAUCAUUGAUAGUUUUCAUUAAUUCCACCAGUAUAUUUUUCUAUCUUAAUGACAUAACAGCAAUUUUUUUUUGCCCCCCCCCCCCCCCCCCGUUUUAUUAUUUUUCCUUCGCGCUUAAUUAGAAAAUAAUAUCGAUGAUAAUAUUAUUAUUACAUAGAAUUGUGUAUGGAAUAAUUUAUGGAUGUGUAAUGUCAUGGGGUAAAUGGAGCUGUAAAUUGUACCUACUAUUAUAAGUUGGACUAUCGUAGGGUCCUCGUACAUAUUAUAGUUGAUAAAAUAAAUAUCCAGUUUUAUUUUUGCGCUCUUUUUAAUUACGAAAUAAAAAAAUAAGAAAAUAAAAAAAGAAAUUUAAAAAAAAAUGGAAGAAUAAUAAGAAUGUACAUUAACAUAGGGAAUAAUAUAAAUAAAUAUAUAUCAAUAAUAUAGAAUGGCACAUACAAACACAGAUACUCGAGUGUAAUAAACAUUUCAUUUUUCAUUUCUGUCCAAUGGUAUAAAUAUUUAAAAGAAGUAAGUAAAA